CGCUCCCGUACGCAUCGUACCCCCACUCCUUUGAAAAUCAAACCUGAGAGAGAGAAAGUUUGAGUAAAGGCAAACAAGCAAGGGAAGAAGAAAAAAAAAAAAAAAACAUACACCCAGCGAACACAAACGAAAAAGAAGGGGGAAACUCUGAGCGAGGAACAAUUUUUUUUUUCUUCCAAAACCACUUUUCAGAGGGGGCCAAUAUACGAUGAGAAAUUGCAAUAGCAAGCUUUCCAUGGCUGACAUUUGCGCCAACUCCCUUCUCUUGUAGGUCAAUUUUUAUUGAUUGUGUGUUGUGAGAGAGUGAACGAAGGCGGGGGGAGGGAACGAAGGAAGGGGGAAAAAAAGAAAGAAAACCCUAGGUGAGAGAAACCAAGUGUCAAAACUCACGAGCGGGGGGGAACGACGAGGUUUCAAAUUUGCCCUACUGCCGUUGCCCUAAGCUUCUUCGAAGCUUUCGCAAUUCAGCUAUCUGAAGCAAUGGUAGAGGAAAGCUGUCAGUCAGUGAGUUAGUAAUGCAUGGAUGUUACUCGCGGUCUGAUUUCUUAGUAAAUGCUGAGGUUGAUUCCAUGGGAGGGGUUGUUGACGGCGGAGUUGGUAUUGGCAUCAAAACCUCUCCACGCAGAGCAGCGAUUGAAAAGGCUCAGGCAGAGCUUAGGCAGGAGUAUGAUGUUCGCGAGGAAAGGAGAAGGGAGCUUGAAUUUCUUGAGAAGGGUGGCAAUCCUUUGGACUUUAAAUUUGGCAAUGCUGCUUCAAUUAGCGUCCAGUCCACGUCACUCACUUAUCAUCAGGCAGAACAUGUUGUGACUAGCAAAGCUAAAGGUAGCUUCCCUUUGACUGCAUCACCCCAUGGGGAUUCUGUUGAAAGUAGUGGUCAACCUGGGCCUACGACAGUUUGCGAACCUAACAGUGCUGAUAAUUUUGAUGGUCAAAAUGAUUUGCUUGGAGGUGACCGAAACCAUAGGCAUCUCAUCAAAAGGAAUGGUGUUGCUCUGUCUGAGCAGUCAUUGCCAAUUGAAGGAGCUCAGAAUGCAAAAGAGUCUGAAGAUUCUGCUAUAGUUCGUCCAUAUGCUAGAAGGAAUAGGUCUAGGCCAAAUCGAGAUGGUACUAGAUCAAGUUCAGGUGAUGUGAUUCAGAAUUCUGGUGUCCAUGGAUCUUCCUUUCCCAGGGGAUCUAGGAAUAUUAAGUUGAUAUCUGAGUCAAACAAUCAGAAAGACAAUGCAGUCCCCUCUGCCUGUAAGCCCAAACCUACAACUUCAAAUGGGGAAAUGAUCCCCCAGAUGGUGGAAGUGCAGCCUCUGCAGGCAACUGAGGCGCCUAAAAGUAGUCCUAUUGAUAAAUUGGAUGCGAGAGAGUCCAAUAUUGUAAAAGAUAAGGAAAAAGAUCAACCUGUUGGGAUUGAUACUCAGAAACAACCAGCGGAUGAUACUGUCAGGAUAUGUGAUGAAAAUGUUAGAAAUGAACAAGUAGUUUCAGUUGGUCUUGAGUAUUCGCCUUGUGUAGCUGUGGAGAGAUCAGAGGUUGAAGCUGGUUCUGCACUUUUGAAUGACUUCAGUGACCGGAAAGCAAAUGAAAAUGUUGGUCAAAAUGUUGGUGCCACUAAAGUGACUAAGGGAUUGGAUUCAGAUUCUUCUUGCACCCCAAGUAGCCUUAGCUUAGAUGUAAAUAAUGGAAGCAGUUUGUGUAUUAACCAUAGGGAGGAGGAUUCUAACAAAGUUUAUUUGAAACAAGCAACAGAAAUUAAAGGAACACAGAAUUCAGCUGCUGCAGAAACUGGUAAAGAUAGGGAUGAUAGUGCCGCUGUAGGGAAUAAUGCUUCUGGUGAUGCUGGCAUCAACUGUACGUCUAAAGGCGCUUCUGCUAAUGGUGUGGCAGCAAAAAUAGAAGAUAUUGAAAAGUCUUCUGGUCCUCAAAAUGGGGAUAAAUGCACCCCAAAUCUUGAAGAAAUACAUCAAAAUGAGAUUACUGAACCUGUGAGCAUUGAAAAUGCUGUUACAUCAUUGGAUAAUGAGUUGAUCUCCAACAGGGUAAAUGGUGGCUCUUAUGUAAUGGAGAACCCUUCAGAUCUCUCCUUGCAGCAGGAGCAACUGAAAUCUCAAUUGCCGGAAAACAGUUCUGCUUCUGCUUCUGCUGCUGAACUUCAUUCUUAUCCGGACAUCAAGAUAAACAGGGCCCGUGAAGAUUCUAUAUUGGAAGAAGCACGGAGUAUAGAGGCUAAGAGGAAGAGGAUUGCUGAAUUAUCUCUUGGAGUAGCACAGGUGGAGGCCCGGAAAAUGUCUCACUGGGAAUUUGUCCUUGAAGAAAUGACUUGGUUGGCUAAUGAUUUUGCACAGGAGCGUCUUUGGAAGAUGACUGCUGCUGCACAAAUAUGCCGGCGUGUGACACUUACUUCUCGGUUGAGAUUGGAGCAACAAAAUCAAUGUUUAAAGCUACAAAAAGUCUCCUACACCCUGGCUAAAGCAGUGAUGCAGUUCUGGCAGUCGGCAGAAAUGCUUCUGUGUUCUGAUAAAAGUCAUGGUCCAAUUACAGACAUUGAUGAGGACAAACCUGCUGCUGUAAAGGGUGCAUGCAAAGAAUUUGAGCAACAAAGUCCCAGAAAGAAUGAUAUUAAGGGAUAUGCUGCGAGAUUUUUGAAAUUUAACAGCUCUCCAGUUCCUGCAAUUCAAGCAGAACAGCCUACAACUCCAGAUCUAGAGAGCUUGUUCUAUGCCGUUCCUUCAGGCGCAAUGGACUCCUACAGAAGCUCAAUUGAAUCACACUUGGUUCAGUUCGAGAAAACAGUGAGCAGCAUGCAAGAGGAAGGUGAUACAUCCAUGCUUGAUGCCGGACCAGACUUUGGAUAUCCUGAGAAUGGAUAUGAUGAGGAUGAAGGUGAAACUAGUACAUAUUAUUUGCAUGGAGCAUUUGAAAGUAGCAGGCCAAGGAAACAUGAUCAAAAGAAAAGGACACACUCACUGAAAUCAUUCCCAACAAGAUCAUAUGAAGUGGGAACUGAUGUGCCAUAUGGAACUGUGGGUCCUCAAAAUACAUUGAUGGGGAAACGACCUGCUAGUAACCUUGGCCCAAUUCCACCAAAGCGUAUGCGCACUGCUUCUCGGCAGAGGGUUAUUAGUCCUUUUAGCAAUGGAGUUCCUACAGGUCCAUCUGCUCCAGCAAAGACAGAUGCUUCAAGCGGAGACACAAGUUCUUUUCAGGAUGAUCAGAGCACCUUGCAUGGUGGUUCACAAAUCCAAAAAGGCAUGGAGGUUGAUUCUAUUAGCGACUUUGAAAAACAUCUCUCUUAUGAUUGCUCAGAUAUUAUGACAAAGCCAAAGAAGAAGAAGAAGUCUAGGCAUCUGGGUUCUGCUUACGAGCAGAGGUGGCAGCAUGAUUCAACCGCUCUUGUUGAACAGAGAGAGCACCAGAAAAAGCGACUGGAGAAUCAUCAUUUUGACUCUAACGGAAAGAGUGGUCUAUAUGGGCAACACACUUGGAAAAAGCCAAAGAUGCUGAAGCAAUCACUAGAUGCCUAUGACAAUGUAGCUCCAUCCACUGGGUCUAUUCCUUCCCCAGCAGCUUCCCAGAUGAGUAAUAUGCCCAGCACAAAUAGGUUUAUGAGACUGAUCAAUGGCAGGGACAAAGGAAGGAAACCCAAGUCCUUGAAGAUUUCUGUUGGCCAGCCUGGGUUUGGAAGUCCAUGGUCCCUCUUCGAGGAUCAGGCACUUGUCGUCCUUGUACAUGAUAUGGGUCCUAAUUGGGAGCUUGUAAGCGAUGCUAUCAAUAGCACUCUUCAUUUUAAGGGUAGUGCUCGACAGCUGUUUCAACGCUUGCAAGGGCCAAUGGAAGAGGAUACUCUGAAGUCCCAUUUUGAAAAGAUUAUUAUGAUCGGCAAGAAGCUGCAUUAUGGGAGGAGUCAGAAUGAUACCCAGGAUCCUAAGCAGAUACCAGUUCACAAUUCUCAUGUGAUUGCUCUUUCCCAAGUUUGCCCAAAUAACCUAAAUGGAAGCAUCCUAACGCCUAUUGAGCUGUGUGAUAUGAAUCCUUCAAGUCCAGACAUCCUUGGGUAUCAAGGGUCUCAUGCUAGUGGUUUGCCAAUGCCAAGUCAAGGUGUUGUUGGAUCAACGCUUCCCGCUUCUGCUGUGAAUCCUAGCGUGCAAGGCUCCUCAAGCAUGGCUCUAAGGAUGGUAGAUUCAGUGCUCCAAGAACGUCUUUACGUGCUCACGAGCACCCAAGAACACAACAUUUUAACCAAAUGUUGCCAGGAAGAAGCCUGCAGCAGUCUUCUAACCUUUCUGUUUCUGGCCCUCUACCUGGUGGAAAUGACAUAUUCUUCAGGCCACCCUCAGCCACAGCACCUAAUGUCUCCACAACAGCCUCAUGUGCUAGGAAAUCCUCAUCUUCCAGGACCAAAUCAGGCCACGGCUUCACCCCAGCAAGCAUAUGCAAUCCGUGUAGCUAAAGAAAGGCAGAUGCACCAGCGAUUUCUUCAACAACAGCAGCAGCAGCAGUUUACUACAUCUAGCACCCUCAUGCCACAUGUCCAACCUCAGCUUCCCGUGACAUUGCCAAUGCAAGACACUCCCCAGAUUCUACCGCAAACAUUACCGCAGCCAGUUCCAUUGACGCAGUCAUCCCCAAUGUCAGUGCAGCAGCAGAAAGUCAACCUAACCACCCAUCAUGGGCCGAACAGAAACCCACAGGGUAUUACUAGUAAUCAGAUGGGUAAGCAACGCCAACGACCGCAGCAGCAACAACAGUUUCAACAACCUGGGCGAGGUCAUCCCCAGCAGCGACAGCAGCAUCAGCCCCAAUCUUCUCAACAGAAGCAUGUAAAAGGUAUAGGUAGAGGGAACAUGAUUGUACAUCAGAACCAACCUGUUGAUCAUUCUCAUAAGAAUGGCAUUUCCAUUGCCAUGGGUAACAAAGGGGCAGAGAAAGGUGACCAAAUUAUGCAGCAUUUGAUGCAAGUUGGUCAAGGUUUAUAUUCUGGUUCUGGAUUAGCACCACCACAACCAUCAUCGAAGCCAGGAGUGUCAUCUCAAUCCUUGAACCAUCCACAGCCUCAGCAAAAACAAUUUCCUGGUUCAUCACAGCACUCGUCAAAACAGCUACAGCAGAUGCCCUCGUCUCAUUCUGAUAGCAGCUGUCAAGGACAGGUCCCGUCGUUGUCAGCUGGUCAUGCACAAACAGGCUCUCACCAAGGUGCUAUGUCAGCUGUUAGUUGUUUAAACCAGCAGCAACACCAAAAGCAUCAGGCUAAUCAAGCUCAAUCGACAGUUCAGAGGAUGGUUCAACAGAAAUGUAAGAAGAAUUCAGGUUCACCAACCAAGCCACUACCAGAUAAGCACGAUCAACAGUCACCCGACACUGUUGCACUGAUGGGUACCAGUGCGACUACAGCACCUGUGGUCAGUAAUGAUUCAGCUAAUGUAGUUUCUGUUGGUACUUCUGGUGUUCAAGCACCAUGGAUGGUGUCUGAACCUACUUUGUACGAUUCUGUUAAAACCAUCCCUGCUUCCCAAGUGGAUACUAUAGGGAGCAUGUCUCUUCAAAAUACAGCGGCUGGGGAGCCAGUGACCUCUGCCAGCCAAGGCUUAGGCCAACGACAGUUGUCUGGAGGUUUUUCCCAACAGGGGCAAAAUCAUGCAGCUAAGUGGCAGCAGCAACCACAACUACAAGUCCAACAGUCAACAGCUACUCAAUCUCAGCAGAUAAUACAGCCACAGGAGCAACCUGUACUGCAGCAAGAACAACGUUCACCACAGUUACAGAAGCCACCUCAGCAACAACCAUCUCAGCAACAAACACACGUUCAAACUGGGCAAGACAGUUUGUAUAGUAGACCGAGCAAUGCUAAGCUGGAAUGAAAGGUCUUGCUGGAUGUAAGUAGUUCCAGUAGCCGGUAGCCCUGCUUGGGUUUGCAUGCUCUUAUAGCAGCAUUGUACAGAUGAAGCUGGUACCUGGAAGUGCAUUGCAAAGCAGGGAAAAGGAUCUUGGUCGACCUUGGCGAUGUUCGCUCGUUGCAGGACCAAUUUUAUUCUUACCCUCAUCUCUCUUUUUUUUUUUGACAUUUUCCCCAAAAAUGUGGGGAAAUUCCAUGUAAAUUACCACUGGGGGGCUAGAGCAGAGCAGUGUGGGGGAAGAUGGAGACAAAUAGAGAGAGGUAUGUGUACAGGGUCUUAGUCUCUCCAUUCCUUUUCUCUUGCAUCUCUCCCUCUGCCUUUUUUGGCUGGUUUCUCUGCUUUGUCCUGAAUGCGCAGAGAGGGGGGAAGGCUGCCUUUUUUUUGUAUAAAUAUUUUGUUAAUUAGUAGACUUUCUUCCAGGUAGGUUAGUAGUAGCAAUCAUGUAUUAUUAACGAUUAACACAGUUGUAGAAUUAAGUUAGCAGUGAUCAAUUGUCAGUGGGGUAAGAGAAGACAAGAGCCUUGGUAAAGGAACGAAAAGAAGGCAGUUUUGUGGAUACAAGGAGGAUCUCUUGAAUGUUUGUUUGUACAACAGAAACUAAUCCAUGUUAGCAGUAGAGGUAUGUGCCUUUCUAACUCCGAUCCCCCUAACCUUGCAGUUUGAUUCCAGUCUUUUACCAUCUUUUUCUAGCUUCACGUUGUCAUUAAAGCUUGUGAUAUUAGGUGAUUCAAAC